AUGGCUGCCGCAACCUACAAGCAGUUCCUCGCGAGUCCCAGUACUUCGUUGCUGGCAGACAAGGCUACGCUGCACUAUGUCACGACGACGACGACGGUUUCGGGCGCGACCGACAUCAUCAAGCACCUCAACUCCCUGCAGAAGCAGGUCAUCAAGAAGAAGCAGGACAUCCUGAACGUAAUCGACGGCGGCAACGUUGUUGCUUUCGAGCUCCAUACCGCACUCGAAUUCCAGACGAGUGGCGGAGCCUACCUGCCUGGCCUCGACGACAACUUCCUCUCGGAUCGCGUCGCCUACUUGCCAAUUCUGCACAUCGUCUCCUUCGACGGCGAGGGCAGGAUUGCCCAGAUCCGUCAGCAGUGGGAUCAAGGCUCGCUCCUCAAGCAGGUCGAAAUCAUCGGCAAGAACGGACGCAACUGGCCCAUCAAGGACGGCCGAGAGCAACUCACCAUGAUCCAGUCUUGCCUCAAGGUCGUCGGCCCCGCCUCCACCCGGGCGCCGCAGAGCCACAACGAUCUCGUCAACCGCACCCGCGAAAGCUCCACCAACGCACUGCGCGACCCCCAUGCGUCGCUGAAACUUUUCGGUCCGAGGGAGGAGCUGGAGGCGGCCGAGGGGGCGGCCGUCGUCUCGCCUUACGCGGGCAGUCGACCCCGCCAACGCGAUUUCGCCGAGAUCUUGGGCGAUGAGCCUCACGCCGACGAUCCCCACACCCCUCGCGAUCGAUCCAUGUCGCCCUCCAAGGCCGGUCAGGGCAAAAACUUCCAGCCCAUGCGAAUCUUUGACGGCCCCAACGGCCCGGCGCAGGACGUCGACGACGACGACGACGAAGAGCCCAAGAACAAGGCUAACAGCUACAUUCGUCCCAACCCUCAGAAGUACGAACACUUUAACUUUGCCGACGGCUCCGACCCCCAGGACCACCCGGAACGGGCAUCGUCGCAUCACCAGCGGCCCAAGACCAAGCACGACAGCCAGUGGUCCUUUGACGACUUUGUCACGCCCCAGAAGGCGCAGCGAACCAAGAUCUUCCGUCACCAGGACGUUCGUCAUUGGGACACGGAGGCCGUCAACGAGGAGGAAGGCGACGAGAAGCAUGCCGGAAAGGGCCGUCGGGAUGCCGAGACGCACUUUGAACUCCAGGACGAUGGCGAGCGGCUCCCCUAUCAGGACCGGUCCGACACCAAGCCGCGGGGUGCCAUGCAUACCGAUGCUCACGGGCUCCACAAGGACGACGACGAGGAGGAGGCGGCCGGCCCCAAGCGUGCGCUGGGCAACAUCACCAACCUCAAGGACCGUACCAAGGACUUUGACGCCCACUUUGCCAUGACGGACGCUUCGCCUGGCCCUCUUGAGCCUCAGGCUGGCGCCAAAACCCACGCCAAGGCCGUCAAGAUGAUGGACGCCAACUGGUCCUCGUACGACAAAUCGCCCGCCUCCCAAAAGGAGAACCAACCCCGAGCGAAGACGCAGGAGCAUACCAAGAUCAACGUUGCCGGCGACGGCAUGGGAAGCAAGAAGGGCACCAACCGAGAUUGGCUCUACGGCGGUGCCGGCGAGGAGCAGGAAGGCAUCAACAUUGCCGGCGACGGCAUGGGCGGCAGGAAGGGCACCGAGAGGAACUGGCUCUACGGCGGCGGCGAAGAUGAGGUGCCCCAGCCCACGGGUGGCCGGAAGGGCAACGUUGCGGCCGCCCAAAAGAGCGCCAAACAGAACCUUUGGGACUAUUGA